AUGAAGAGGUUAAUCUGCAGUUUGCUGUCCAGUCGGUCUGUUUCAGGUACAGAAAUGUCUCUGCUGUCUGUCCUGCUGCCUCUGACAGCCAUUUUCUUCUUGACCUCUUCAACAUUUGGCUCAGAAUCCAGCGUGCCCUACCCAGUCACCUGUGCGACCCGUGGAGCCGACCUGAUGGAGGACCGCGCGGUGGUGUUGUGUCCUCCAGACUGCAGCCAGUGGAGGGUGUCGGUGUUCGGGACGGGAAUCUAUGCCUCCAUCUCCUCCGUCUGUGGAGCCGCUGUACACAGGGGGGUGCUGGGUCUGUCCGGAGGCCCCGUCAGGGUUCACAAACUGCAGGGACGACACAACUACAUGAGCUCCUACGCCCACGGGAUCCAGUCACAGGCCCUGUCCCAGUGGACCGCCUCCUUCAGCCUCACCAAGCCUGUUGCUGUUCCAUUAGAGUUGACCAGUGAGACCAGUACCACAGCUCUGCCUGCAGCUGCACUACCUGCAAAAAAACCAGUGAAGAAGCCGUCAGUGAAGAAAGCUGUGCCAGGAGGGAACAAAGAGUGUCAGAUGGACAUCGCCAUGGUGAUUGACAGCAGUAACAACAUCGGGCAGCGAAGGUUCAACCUGCAGAAGAACUUUGUGGCCAAACUGGCGGCCAUGUUGAGAGUCGGACCAACAGGACCACACAUAGGACUGAUACAGGCCAGUGAUUCUCCCAGGAUAGAGUUCCUGCUGACCAACUACACUCAGCCUAAAGAGCUGCUGUUUGCCAUCAAGGAGCUGGCCUACCUGGGAGGAGACACCAACACAGGUAAAGCCAUCAUGCACACAGCGGAGACCUUCUUCAUCCAGGAGAACGGGGGGAGGCGGGGGCACCCCCGGGUGAUGAUGGUGCUGAUUGACGGGUGGCCGUCUGACGACCUGGAGCAGGCGGCCAUGUUGGCCCGAGAGUCUGGCAUCAACGUCUUCCUGGUGUCUGUGGCCAAACCGGCGCCUGAGGAGCUCGCCGUGGUGCGAGACAAGGACUUCAUGAGGAAGGCGGUGUGUAAGGACAACGGCUUCUUCAGUUAUUUCAUCCCCAGCUGGUUCAGCACCACCAAACACGUCAGGCCUCUGACUCAGAGACUCUGCUCGCUGGACAGCCUGCUCUGCAGUAAAACCUGCUACAACUCAGUCAACAUUGGUUUCCUCAUCGACGGCUCGUCCAGCGUUGGUGAAGGAAACUUCCAGCUGGUCCUGGACUUCCUGGCGGGAGUUGCCAGGAGCUUCGACAUCUCAGACAUGGGAGCUCACAUUGGUGCGGUGCAGUUCACCUACGAACAGCGGCUGGAGUUCGGCCUGUCCGACCACUCCAGCAAAGAGGAGGCCAUCAACGCUCUGAGGAGGAUCCCCUACAUGAGCGGAGGAACGGCCACCGGAGGAGCCAUCAGCUACACCACCCAGAGACUGUUCAGGCGGACGGGACCGGGCCGGAACUUUCUCAUCGUGGUGACAGACGGUCAGUCGUAUGAUGACGUGACAGGCCCGGCGCUGGCUGCUCAGAAACAAGGCAUCACCAUCUUCUCCGUGGGCGUCGCCUGGGCCCCACUGGAAGACCUCAAAGCGAUGUCAUCAGAGCCAAAGGAAAACCACACCUUCUUCACCCGGGAGUUCACCGGCCUGGCCGACUUCAUCUCUCCGCUGGUCCGAGGCAUCUGUCGAGACUUCACAGAGAACAACUAAGAACACAUGCUUGUACUUCUGUACUCGUGAUGACAACUUUAACUCUAACCUCAACUACACCCUGAAACAAAGUCUGACAGAAUGUCCUCCGUCUUCAAAAUGUCCUCACAAAGACAGAAGUACAAGAACCCACACACUGUACAUAAAACUACACAUAUAUCCACUAAUACAUACGUAUGAAAACACAUGUACAUAACAGACACACAACAUAGAAAGAUACUGUUUCACCAAAACCUUUUUCUAUUUAAUGAUCGAGACGUUGGAAAAUCACCAGACAUCAACAGAAGAAACUACAAUCAUUCACUCGUCAGUCCUCAGUCCAGAGGAUCUGUGUCAGGUCAGGUCAGGUCACGGCCGUCAGACAGAACCCAACAAACCCUGAAGAGCAGCUCAGAAUAAAACCAAACUAAAUGAAUCUGAAUGAAUUAAUCAAGCGAACGUGGAUUUACUUUUUAAACAGAUAUGAAAUGAAACCAUCUUUAAAGCGCUGCAGGAUAUAUUUCCAUAUCAUCUAAUAACAAAAUAAACUAACUACUCAUAAUUAAUUCAACUUCAAUUAUGAGAAAAUUAGUGCAUAAUUACAAGAGCUGUAUUUGGUAACGAUGAACGUUCCUUCAGAACGAGACAUCGUGUAACUCUGGGAUCAGAGUUACAGGAGAACAACGUCAGAGUGAAGUGAUCUGUGUCCUGUCAUUACACAAUAAAAAUAGUGGAAUUAUACUUUAGGAUUUUUUGUAAUUAUGUGGUGAGUAUUUCAUAUUUACAAGAAAGAUCUUUGUAAUUACAAGAUGCAUUUCUCAUAAUGAUGAUCUGAACAUUUUGGAAUUGUGAAAGUUUUCUGGUUAUUGUGACGUGUGUCAGCUUCAUACUGUAAUUACAGUAAUUAGAUCUUUAGCUUCUGAAUUCGAAUUAGUCUCAUAAUUACAGGAUAUGUACAUAUGAUAAAGUCAGAGUGAGAACUCUUUUUCUUUAACAUCAGCACAAUAUGUGAGUGAAUAGUGAGCGAGUGAAUGAUUUGAUCAGACCGAGCAGCUUUCAUGAUGUUUUCUUACCACAGAUGGAGGUUUGGUCUCUUCACUGGACAUUUUGCUUUCUCCUGUCUCUGUCUUUAUCUGUCCUUCUCUGUCCUUCUCGUCUGACUCUGGAGGAGACACACAACAAGAUGCUUUUCUGAAAAUGUUUAACUGAUUCUUUAGUUAAACAGAUUUAUUUCAGGUUGUUUCCCGAAUCAAAAACCCUGAACACCAACUGGAGCAGGGACAUUUGUUCUUGACCAAAGGAACAUUCAUCUGUAAAACUCAAGGUUCACUUACUAGUUUUCUUCUGUGUGAUAACGUUUGUUUCUGAGAGAAACAUUUGAGGGAAAAAUCUUCUGAGUAAAACCUGAGUUUAGAAAAUGUUGUCACAGAAACCUUCGGUG